AUGCCGCGAACCGGCGCUUGGCUCAUGUCCAACCCCGUUCGCAUCUCCAUCCACGUAUCGCCCGACAUGAAAGAAUCUACCAGAUCCAAAAUUCUCUCGGAACAAAACCACCAUGAGGAUAAUCCUUGGCUAGUUCUCUCGCCUUAUCGACACCCUCGCCAUUGUCUCUUCUUGGCCGCCUGCCUAACACACGAGUCUACCCAUCGUCCGACUUCCCUUUCGCACGAGUCUCUCUACCAUGGCGGUCAAACGAAACCGACCACGCAAACACUUGACUAUGACCUGUUCAUCCGGCAUCACGGCGAAGGCGAGUACAAAGUCUUUGCCAACCUGGUAAACUCAACCCCAGGUCAACCAGCCAACCAUGCACGCCGCCCAGGGCCCAGGGGUUAUCAGGCUCCUGCAUCACACCCUCUUGGGAUGUGGGUAAACUCCAAUUGCCCUCUCACAGCUCCUACGCAAGACGGCCCAUGGAGCUUCUGCAGACUGCAGCAUACAAGCGCAUUUCCACACGUCUGGCGUUCUGACGAAUACGAAUGGCUCAGCGUGGACAGGGCGAGCAAGCAAAGAAGCAGUAACUUGCAAGCAUUCAAGGCGGUCUGCAUCUCAAUGCUCGCUACAGACUCCGGAGUAUUCCUCGCCCGCCUCAUGCACUUUGCCUCGAGUCGGCAUCUAUCAAAUGUCACCUUCGUCUACCUUGGUAUACAAUCGCACGUUUCGAGAGCCUGUCGGCAGCAAUUCGCUCGAGGCUUGUCGCCCUCAAUGGGCCUCUUCCCGCUUCUCCGCGACGCCCAUCGAGCACCAAGCAGUUUUCAUAAGCAUUCCUUGCAGUCUCCGGUUACACUUGUAAAUCAUACCUGUUUCUUGGAAGAGAUCGGCGCACAGCUUCAAGUGUCUGUGGGUGGUGGUGCCGGUGCUCGGUGCUCACUGGCCGCCAUACUACCCCCCCUUCCCGAGAGCCCUUUGCGGACCACUUCUCAUCGGCGCCAAAAAGCAAAUACCAGCGCCGGCAGAUGCCCUCCAUGGCACUUUACGGUGCACUACGCACUUGUCAUGCCUAGGAAACCCAUGUCAUCUCUUGAGAUAUUCUCUCAGAGGACCCGCCUGCAUCGUGACAUUUCGGAGACUGUUUCGUCGGUCUGGUAUGGACACAUCAGCGGUCUACCGGCACGUUACGGUGUACAAAAGUCUACUAGCUGGAAUCUGUCGGUCUUGUCUGCCUUCCCUGGCCCCUGGCCCGCGAUAGCGACUCAUCAUCUCGCCGGAUUUGGAUCGCCCAGAGUUUUUCUUUUUCGAAUGUAUGAAAAGAUGGCUCUACUCAGAAUUCAACUUGCCAGAUUGAACGACUCACAAUCUGCUCCUUAUGCCAGUCAGCGGAAGGCGGGCGCAUCUAUUCUGGAUUUCUUCAUCUACCCACCCAUGCCACCCGGAAAUAUCCUCCAAUCUGCGGCGUGCAAACCCCCGUGUUGGGUUGGACUUUUGGAGAAGCUGAAAGCCCAACGUGUCUACUUUAAUUCGCUUUUUUCGCUGCAAGCUACCCAAACGAGAUGGUCGUCUCAUUCCGGCAAAUACCAACCGACUGCAGAACUACAGAACCAGGUUCCUGUUUCGGACGGGAGACACGACAGGAAAUACGCAGAGCAACCAAAGCCGCAUGGCACUUUUACUGCUGCUCAUGCUUCUGCUGCUCGUGUCCACCUGCGGCCCUUGGCUAGCUAUGUCACUCGGUGUACCACAACACAGCUGGGGAUGCCAAGAUGCGUUUCUCCUGAGCACCGACACGCCUUCCGCCAUUCCUUCAAUCUAGAGAGGCGUGAGAGGUCCAACAACAUCCACGAAGCGAAGGAUGAUGACCCUCCUCAUCCUCUUCCAUCGCGAUGCGGCGUUUGCCCCGGAAACACGGCUCAACGCCCCGACCGUGCGGGGGAGACCUGA